AUGCCUGCAGGCGGCAAAAGAGGAACAAAGACUCCUGGAUCGCCUCGCGUUUUCCCCCUCUCCUGCUUCCUCAUGCUCUCGCUGUCUUCGUACCGCCCAGCCUCCCUCUUACCGACCUCCCUUUUUUCUGCUCUGCCUUCUCGCCCCUUUCUGUGUCUCCUGAUCGUCGUCAUUCUCCUCCUCUUGUCCAGUUCCUGGACGCUCACGCGCCUGGCGCAACCGAGCGUCCAGAACGAUGCGGCUGUUCCGCCCCGCGGGCAGUUUUUCGCUCCGGAAGGAGCAACUCAGAGGCCCCGCGAGGCCGUGAGAGAAAGAACGGAGCGAGAAAAGGCGCGCGACGGACCGACGCCCGAGAGAAGACACAGCCUUCCAGAUGGCGCAGAAGCGCAGAACGGCGGAGCGGGGAGGCUCGGCGAUCCUCGCGUCCCGGAAGGAAGACCUGAAGGCAGCCGGGAAUUGAUCUCGAGGGGCGAAACGUCUCUCAAACUCCACGCUGACCGUCUGAGAGGCAGGGGCGCCGCCUUUCCGCCGGGGAACGGAGAACGCAAGCACGGCCGGGACGCGCGAGACGCACGCCUCGCACCAGAAGGCCCGAACGACGGGGCGCGCGGCCGAGAAAGUCGCGGUCGGCCCACGGACUUUGUCACGGUGCCAGGCACCUGCGGCUCGGCCGAGCGCCCCUGCGCGGUCGUGUUUAUCGCAGAUCUCGACGUGCAGAGUCGCGUCGACGCCUCGGGGAAGUCCGGGGAACUUCUCUUCAAGAGCUACGCGAUCAAGGGCCAGCUGUACAGACGGGGCGGCGGCGCCUCCGCCCGGCAGGCCGCGUCUUCCCUGAAUUCUUCUCGGGCCGGAAGCGCGGAGACGGACUGGAGUGGAGAGACGGAGUUCGACUUUGCCUUCUCGCCAGACGGCUUCGACGUGCUGUACGGGAGUCAUAACGUCGGCGGACGGGGCAUGGAGCUGUCUGAACUGGUUGUGUUCAACGGCGAACUCCUGACUUUCGAUGACCGCACCGGAAUCAUCUACCGCUUCAACUUAAAAAACAAUCACCUCGUCCCCAAGUGGCUGUUGGUGGAGGGAGAUGGAGUAUCCAGCGACAAGGGCAUGAAAAUCGAAUGGGCAACCGUCAAACACGAAAAACUCUACCCAGGCAGUCACGCGUGCUUGUCUCCUGGGCCGCCUUUCCUUCCAGACAACAGCGGAAAUGUUUUGCAUCGCCACAACACGUGGGUGGUGAUCAUCGAUGGCGAAGGAAGAAUCUCGAGAGAAGACUGGGCGGGCGUCUACGAGUUGAUGAAGAAGUGGGUUGUGCUUCCCAGGCGGGUGAGCGAGGAGCCGUACGACGACGUUAAAGAUGAGCGUCGCGGCAGCAACAAAUUGCUUCUCUGUAGCGAGGAUUUUACAAACAUCGACGUAGUGGACAUUCAAACGCCUCCCCCCAUCGACCCUCGAAAAGGCUUCUCCUCUUUCAAAUUCGUCCCAGGAACUGGAGACAAAGUGAUUUUGGCGGUGAAGUCGCUGGAAGAUUCGUCGCAGGAUGUGCAGCAGUCUUUCGUAACGAUCUUCGACAUCACUGGGCGAGUGCUCCUUCCCGACAUCCCUUUUCCACAUGAAAGCAAAUAUGAAGGCGUCGCCUUUGUUUAA